UUGAAUUUACAAACACACCCAAAAUCGUAAAAUGUCAGCUAGUUAUUUGUUAUGCUAGCAAGAAGUUGCAUAGCAACAGCAUCAACUUCCAGUAGACAGGCGAAGUACUAGUAUCGUUCGUUUACAGUAUCCUAAAAUUAACUAAUAGUAUGUACUCAUUGUGUAGUAUUCAAACAAGCUGUGGUUUCUAUAUGUUUGAUAACGUCCCAUUUAUUCCAUUCCAGCCAUUACAAUGAGCCCGUCCUCCUAUAGCUCCUCCCACCAGCCUCCUCUGUGCUAUACAGGUGUCUGGUUGGUUGGUGGCCAACUUUUUUCUCCCUCUGUUUGUAUCACAAAUGUAACGUGAUUGAACACACACUAUCGCACAGUAGGUGGCGGUAUGCACAAACAAAAUGUGUGAACGCCAUGAUACCAAAGAAGAAGAUAUACUCCACCCUCCCUUCUGGAAGCAGUCAGUCAACCGGCUGUUGCAUUUUCGGUUAUCCAUUGGUCUUGUCUGGACGGUGAAGUCGCGGGAGAGUUUGGACAAAAAUGGUGGAUAAAUAAAUGGAGUUCACUCAGACCGUUUAAAAAAAGGUAUCAAUUUACGGUCUGCUUAAAAGGGUGGCGCUCCCAUAGACACCAAUGCGAUAGCAGCUGGGUCUGGUCUGCUUUGUUCAUUGAUUGAACCAGAAGAAACAGCGACUGGAUUGGAAUUUUUCCUGUCCCCCCCCCCAAAAAAACGUGACUAGCUAGCAUAUUGACGCCGAUAAAUAAAGAAACAAAAGGCUUUGAAUGCUAACUGUCAAAGGUGACCAUUAGGAUCGCGUGACAAGAAUGGAGGAUAAUUUGGAGAGCGUGCUCCAUUGCGAUGACAAGGAGGAGUUGAGGCGGAAACUGGCCCUGCUACAGAGGGAGUACUCCAGGACAGUUCAGAGAUUACAGCGAGCUGAGCGUUCAGAUGCCGUGCGGAAGCAUGUGAGGAGCCGGAUCUCUGAGCAGAACCUCCAGGACCAGACAGACCCAGUCCCAGCCAACACCUUUCCCAACCCAGCUCUACCCCCCCUCUCCCUUGGUAGCCCUGCUAGGACAGCCCCAGGUUCAGCCUUACCACUAGGCCCCGCUGGAGACUCGACUGUGGCGGCAUCGUGUCCGGUGGAAUCGGAGAACCCCAGGCAGAGGAGUCCGUCCAUCCGCUUCCUCCUCCCCGUCGAUAACUCUUGCCCUCAGACACCUGACCUUAACCCUCACAGACGAAGCCACUCCCUCCGGCUGAGGUCACGGAGAAGCCGGCUGCGCUGGGAGGGGAGGGGCGAGGGGGCAGGGGGGAGGUACGACACGGAGACCAGCGAGGACGGGCUGGAACUGGACGCACGGACAGAGAAAGAAGAGGACGGAGAGAAGAGAAAGAUGGGGGAAGAGAAGGAGGGUGAGAAGAAAGAGCUAGAGAGGGAGGAGAAUGAGAGGGAAACUCCAGAUAAAGAGGCAAUGAAACAGAGAGAUGGAGAGGAGAGAGAAGAACAGAGGACAUAUGGACAGAAGGAGAUAGAGAAGGAAGGGGUGAACCUGAGGAGAGAUGGAGAGAGUGAGAGAGAAGAGGGAGGUGAUUCAGGAGCUGUGGGAGCCUCUGUGUUAGGGGCUGUUGGGUUGUGUAACACUGGGGGGGUCCUGGACUCGUGCACUCUGGUGGAAGGUCUGCCGUUCCCUGUAGAAUACUACAUCAGAACCACAAGACGCAUGGCCUCGUCACAGAGCCACAGAGACCUGCAGGCUGUCAUUCUGAACCAACUCAACAGGGGGCGCCACAGAAGGAGCAGGGGCCGGAUGUCUAACACACACUCACUCUCAACUUCACACUCCGACUCACUAGCACAACCCUCCAAUCACCGCCAGUGCUCAAGUCAACUGACCUCAAACUCACCGACCAAUCGCACACCGGUCGAGGAGCCAUCAGCCAAUCAGAUGCUUACCUCUGAGUCAGGGACCAAUCAGAGUGAGCGUUUACCUUCCAGAGCCUGCAGUGUUCGGCCGAUCAGAGGCCGGAGGAGGAGAGGAAGGAGGCCGAGACUGGGCCGCUCUCUAAGUUUGGACUCGGAUCCUCCAGCACCAGGCCCAGACAACACCCAGACCCCGGCCGCUAUUAGCCCAGCCUCACAGCCUCUCCCUGGGGGUGGAUGUCCAGAGCGCUGGCCUCUCUCUGGAGGUGUGGAGGAACAGCUUUAUCCCAUCUUCAGAAGGAGCUGUGUCUCUCCCCUCAUUCACACACCAAAGCAGAGCAAAGAGAGUGUGUGGUGUCUCCUCCUGCCCUCCUCCCUCUCCCCUGGAGGACCAGCAGUGCACCCUGGGAGUCUGGGCCGCUUCAUCUCAACCUUUGACCUCCAGGAUUUCCAUCUCCCCGACGACCAGUUCGGACAGCUAAAGCUCCAGAAGCUUCGCGCCUCGUCUGCCGUCCCAGAACCGGAACCCUUCUCACCUUACAACAUGCGUCGUCGCUGCAGCAGAGGCUCGGUCCACGGUCUCCACGGCGACACAGGCGGUCUGAUGUCUAAAGCGCCUACGCCUAAGCCCCUCCCUCUCAGCCUCACCCCUCCUGUCACAGACUGUGUCACUCCGGUAGAACAGUCUAUAGACAGAUCUAUAGGCCAGCAUCUUAUAGACCACACUAUAGGCCAGCAGUCUAUAGACGCACUAAACCAUUCUACAGACCUCCAUUCAAAGUACCAUUCAGUUUGCCAGUUUACAGAUCACCUUGUAGACCAGCCUACUGGCCAUCAGUCUACAGACCACCUUGUAGACCAGCCUACUGGCCAUCAGUCUACAGACCACCUUGUAGACCAGCCUACUGGCCAUCAGUCUACAGACCACCUUGUAGACCAGCCUACUGGCCAUCAGUCUACAGACCACCUUGUAGACCAGCCUACUGGCCAUCAGUCUACAGACCACCUUGUAGACCAGCCUACUGGCCAUCAGUCUACAGACCACCUUGUAGACCAGCCUACUGGCCAUCAGUCUACAGACCACCUUGUAGACCAGCCUACUGGCCAUCAGUCUACAGACCACCUUGUAGACCAGCCUACUGGCCAUCAGUCUACAGACCAGCCUAUAGGCCAUCAGUCUACAGACCAUCCUGUAGACCAGCCUAUAGGCCAUCAGUCUACAGACCACCUUGUAGACCAGCCUACUGGCCAUCAGUCUACAGACCACCUUGUAGACCAGCCUACUGGCCAUCAGUCUACAGACCACCUUGUAGACCAGCCUAUAGGCCAUCAGUCUACAGACCACCUUGUAGACCAGCCUACUGGCCAUCAGUCUACAGACCACCUUGUAGACCAGCCUAUAGGCCAUCAGUCUACAGACCAUCCUGUAGACCAGCUUAUAGGCCAUCAGCUUACCGUUUUAGUUGGCCAGUCUAUAGACUUUCCUUCAGUAGACCAGCAGACAGGCCGACUCACUGCUGAGUGCCCUUCCCUUCAAACUGAAAUAGAGACAGAGUGCCCUCCCGAGUGUCCAUCCUUCCACACAAAGACUAAGUGCCUUUCUACGUGUCCUACGAAGUUCUCUGUCGAGUGCCUUACCAAAUGUCCUUCCAUGUGCACUACUGAGUGCCCUUCCCUCCGGACGGAGACAGAUGCAGAGUGUGCUGUCCCCCCCAGCCCCUCCCUGCUCCUCCUUAGCCCCUCCCUAACCAGCCACACCCCUCGCGGACACACCCUCUCCCUUCCCCUCUCCUCCAGUCCCCCCUUACCUUCCUUAGGGAUGACCCCUAACCCCUUGACCCCUAACCCCAACAUACCCCUCUCCCUCCCUGACAGCUCCCCAUUACCUUCUUUAGAGGCGGUGACUCACAUCCCCUCCUGCCCUCCCUGCCCACCCUCUCUGACCCUCCCCCUCUCCUGCUCUCCCUGCCCCCCCACUCUGACCCUCCCCUUCCCCUCUAGUCCCUCCACCCAAGCCCUCUCUCCUCCCUCCCUCUCUCCCUGCCCCUCUCCAGCCAUCCCUCUCUCCUCCUCCCCUCCCUCCCUCGCUCCCUGCCACCCCAGCAUGGUUGAUUCCCUGACCAAACUUUUGCUCCCUCCCACUCCUCUACUACUGCCUCAAUCUCUCCCUCCAAACCCAAAUACACCCCCCCCAUUGCCCCCUACCCAGCUUCUUCUUCGCCAGCCAGCUCCCUCUCUCCACUCAACCAGACAGGCCACAGAGGAGAGAGGAGAAGGAGAGGAGGAGAGAGCGUGGAGGAAGAAGGAAGAGAAGAGGGAUGGGAUGACAGAGGGUGUCUUAAUGCUCUCUCACACACUGAAGGCCCCUGCAGGAGGCAGCCUGGUGGAUGUGUGCUGUGUGUCGUGGCUGUCAGUAGGUGUAUGUGUAGCGGUGGCAGGAGAGUGGGAGGUGUGUGUUUGGGGUCAGACCAACCCCCCACACUGGAGACGACUGCACACCUGGACCUUCAUAGAAUCAGUGAUGUCAGUGUUUCCUGUGCCGGACGCUCCUGGACUUCUGUGUGUGACUCUGGGCCAGCUGGAAAUCAGAGAGGUCAGGGUACUGUGCUGCUCCAGUCUGUCCCAGGCAGUGCUGUGUGAGGGGGAGGUCCAGAUGGUGGUGGGCAUGUCCAACCGAAGGCUGGUUAGCUCCUCCUACUCUGUAGCCACAACCCCGCUGCAGGUCUACACACUGACACAGGAUGGCAGGCUGCAGGGCUGCCUGUCUUUGGUCUGUCCUACUGAGCACGUGCGGACCGUGGCGGCGGUGGAGGGACAGACUGACGCUCUGAUUGGCUCAACCCACGGCGGACAUGUUGUUCUGUGGAACGUGACGACGGGGCAGCUGCUGCGUCGCAUCACUCUGGGAGAUGGUUUCACGGAUACGACCUGCCUCCGAGGAUACUCCCUCUGCGGGGUGCUGUUUGUCCUGUUGCAACACCCGUCCCUGUGUGCUGUGGAGGAGGAAGAGGGAGGGGCUCUGUUCUCGCUGGUCGCCACCAACCCUCUGACUGGCACCGUCGCCCUGGCAACCAGACUAGGCCUCCCCAAAGCCUGCACCGGGAGGCUGGUGGAGGUUGAUGUCCAUGGCUCCAGUGUGGUUGGGGUUUUCCAGUCCGGCUCAGUGUGUGUGUGGCAGCUUGGGAGGCGUCAGGCCCAGGAGGGGGUCUGGUUCCCAGAGCUUGGGUGUCAGCUCGCCCGUUGGGGGGCGCAGGGAACUGUCCUGACGGCACACCUCAAUGGAGAUGUCUGCUUACACCGCUACAGACCACUCUGAUCUACUAUAGACCACUCUGAUCUACUAUAGACCACUCUGAUCUACUAUAGACCACUCUGAUCUACUAUAGACCACUCUGAUCUACUACAGACCACUCUGAUCUACUACAGACCACUCUGAUCUACUAUAGACCACUCUGAUCUACUAUAGACCACUCUGAUCUACUACAGACCACUCUGAACAACUACAGACCACUAUGGACCACUCUGAACUACUACAGACCACUAUAGACCGCUAUAGACCAUUCUGAACUACCAUAGACCACUGAACUACUACAGACCACUGUAGACCACUCUGAACCACAACUGACCCACUAUAGACCACUCUGAACUACUACAGACCACUAUAGACCGCUAUAGACCACUCUGAACUACUACAGACCACUGUAAACCACUGAACCACAACUGACCCACUAUAGACCAUUCUGAACUACCAUAGACCACUCUGAACUACUACAGACCACUGUAAACCACUGAACCACGACUGACCCACUAUAGACCACUCUGAACUACUGUUAUACAUGCCAGAGAGGCAUGUUUGUUCUACAUAACACAUUUCUAUCUGAGGUUAUCCAACGUGUCCUGCUGAAUGCAGCCCAGAAGGGUAUACUACAUAGCAGGAUCAAUGAGUUAGCGCUCUAACUUUGAUAAGCAACCAGAAAUAACUAUUGAUUUUCUGGUUCAUUAAGAAAGAUAAACUUAGAUAUGUGUUUUUGGUUGUUUUAUUAUGCCAUGCACUUUAUAUAUUUCUAUAAAACAAGUUAUUUCAGAAUAUUUAGGCAAGUUAGCUGGAUAACACAUUGCUCUUGCUUUGUAGUAAACACCUGCAACCGUGAUCUCUCUGGUGUUGAAUCACAUUUGGAUUCUGAUUCUACUGAAUCACUUUCUACCACAUCCAAAUGACAUGGUUCAACUGUCUGGUUCCUGAGUCUGUGUUCCAUAUGUGCCUACAUAUAAAUGACGUGGUUCAACUGUCUGGUUCCUGAGUCUGUGUUCCAUAUGUGCCUACAUAUAAAUGACGUGGUUCAACUGUCUGGUUCCUGAGUCUGUGUUCCAUAUGUGCCUACAUAUAAAUGACAUGGUUCAACUGUCUGGUUCCUGAGUCUGUGUUCCAUAUGUACCUACAGAUAAAUUACGUGGUUCAACUGUCUGGUUCCUGAGUCUGUGUUCCAUAUGUACCUACAGAUAAAUUACGUGGUUCAACUGUCUGGUUCCUGAGUCUGUGUUCCAUAUGUACCUACAGAUAAAUGACGUGGUUCAACUGUCUGGUUCAUGAGUCUGUUCCAUAUGUACCUACAUAUAAAUGACGUGGUUCAACUCUGGUUCCUGAGUCUGUGUUCCAUAUGUACCUACAUCCAAAUGACAUGGUUCAACUGUCUGGUUCAUGAGUCUGUUCCAUAUGUACCUACAGAUAAAUGACGUGGUUCAACUGUCUGGUUCCUGAGUCUGUGUUCCAUAUGUACCUACAUCCAAAUGACAUGGUUCAACUGUCUGGUUCCUGAGUCUGUGUUCCAUAUGUGCCUACAGAUAAAUUACGUGGUUCAACUGUCUGGUUCCUGAGUCUGUGUUCCAUAUGUACCUACAGAUAAAUUACGUGGUUCAACUGUCUGGUUCCUGAGUCUGUGUUCCAUAUGUACCUACAGAUAAAUUACGUGGUUCAACUGUCUGGUUCCUGAGUCUGUGUUCCAUAUGUACCUACAGAUAAAUGACGUGGUUCAACUGUC